AUGACCGGUCGGGAGUUCAUCUCCGUGGUGACGGUCGCCAAGUACGAGCACUUCGCCCGCAUCCCGCAGGACCUGAAUGUCAAGAACGCGGAUGGCGUCUUCACGGUCGUCCCUCUCCCGGACGAUGCAGUCCGCCAGCUCGACGCAGCGACGACGGUGCCCGACGCUGUCUGGCUGUUCGUUGGCUCCUGGAACACUCGUGGCCUAAACGACUCAGGCAAAUGCAUCGACGUCAAACGCAACCUCUCCGCUCAGCCGAUGUCCAUCAUUUGUCUGCAAGAGACGAAGCUUACUGACGCUUCGCCAUCCAAAGCCUCUUCAUUAUUGCCGCCGGGAUUCAGGAACUUUGCGUCCAAGGCCUCCAUUGGAGCCUCUGGUGGCCUGCUCACGGCAUGGCGCGACGACCUGGUCGGCCACGUCCGCGACAUGGAGCUGCGCUUCACCCUCACCACGUUCCUCGAAUUCACCUCGGAUGGAUCGCGGUUUGCGGUGUCGAAUGUGUAUGCCCCCUGCGACUCCACCCUGCGUGGAGAGUUCCUCGAUGAGUUGCGCUCUCUCGCGUCUCUAUGCUCCCUUCCUUGGCUCCUUGUGGGUGACUUCAACAUGACCCGCUCUGCAUCGGAGAAGAACAACCACCACUUCGACGCCGCGACCGCUGAGGCGUUCAACGAUGUCAUCGACGAGCUGGUGCUCCAAGAACUGCCGCUCCUCGAUCGCCAGUUCACUUGGACAAACAACAGGGAGGUUCCCACUCUCGUGCGCCUCGAUCGUGCAUUCAUCAAUCCCCAGUGGAGCGAGGCGUUGUUCAACUCGACGCUGCGGUCGCUCGUCCACAACACCUCCGAUCACGUGCCGCUGUUGGUGGAGAGGCCACUUCCCGCGCUCCCGCCUCCCAGGGAGGUUAUUUCCCUCAUGGACCUGGUGGAGGAAUUUCGCACACUCUCUCAUGUUGAAUCCCUCCUUCGUUCCCUCGUCAAGAUGCAGCUGUCCUCGGAGUACAAAAAGCUCGAUGCUUACUGGAAACAGCGGUACACAUAUCGGUUGUGCAAGCUUGGAGAUGAGAACACAGCAUUCUUCCACGCGAAUGCCUCUGCGCGGUUGCGGCGGAACCAAAUAAAGGUCCUUCAUUCCGACGGUCACCCCGUGACGAACCAUGAUGAUAAAGAGCGGGUACUACAUGCCUUCUACUCGGCGCUUCUCGGGACAACGUCACCCGUUCUUUGGAAUCCUAACCUUGCGGCGCUGCUGCCCCCGAUUGCUGGGUUGUCCUCUCUCGAGCUUCCUUUUUCCGAGGAGGAACUGAAGAAAGCCCUCUGGUCGAUGCGCUCCGACAGCAGCCCUGGGCCUGACGGCUUUGGUCCAGCAUUCUUCAAGGCCUUCUGGCCUGUGGUGAAGGACGACCUUCUGAGCUUUGUUAUGGAAUUCCACAGCGGCGGCGCCCACCUCUCCGGCGUCAACCAGGCUUUUAUUGCGCUCCUCCCCAAGACCGCGGAGGUGGUCAUUACGGAUGGUUUUCGCCCCAUCUCCCUUCAGAACUGCGUCAUGAAGAUCAUCACCCGCAUGCUUACGACGCGGCUCCAGCAGUUCAUCGAGCAGCUUGUCGCCUUUGAGCAGUCUGGCUUCAUUGCUGGACGUUGCAUUACCGACAACUUCGUGUAUGCUGCAGAGCUCGCGCAGUGUUGUCGCAUCCGUGGUGCCCCCACCAUCGCCCUCAAGCUGGACUUUAAGAAGGCGUUCGACUCCGUGAACUGGGGCUCCCUCGAUGCUAUCCUUGAGGCUCGUGGCUUCGGUUCGUUGUUCCGCUCCUGCAUUCGCGAGCUCUUGACUUCAGGGAGGGCUGCCGUUCUUCUCAACGGUGUCCCGGGGAGAUGGAUGGAGUGCAAGAAUGGCCUGCGUCAGGGUGACCCGCUGUCACCCUACCUUUACCUGAUCGUGGCCGGUCUCCUACGACAGCUUAUCAUUACCGGCUUCGGCUUGCUCCACCCCCUCGUCGAUGACCUCCCCUGCCCCGUGAUCCAGUAUGCCGACGACACUCUGAUCCUUGUGCGAGCUACUCCGUCCGAGGUGUCGCUGCUCAAGACGGCACUGGACACCUUCUCCGCCGCGACCGGGCUCACUAUCAACUACCACAAGAGCACGUUUGUGCCCAUCUAUGUGCCCCCCGAUGAUGCUGCUUCUCUUGCGGCGACUCUCGGGUGCCCCAUCUCGACGUUCCCCCAGACAUAUCUGGGCUUGCCAUUGUCAGACAGCAAGCUACCCGCCAACGCGCUGGACUUCCUCGCUGAGAAAAUUGUGGCGCGUAUCCCUAGCUGGCGGCUACACACUCUUGAUCCUGGCAGUCGGCUAACACUCACCACCGCCGUGCUCUCUGCGCUGCCGUCAUUUUCCAUGUCAGCCCUGCCCAUCCCGAAGGGCAUGCUCGUUCGGAUGGACAGGCCUCGUCGCUCCAUGUUCUGGAAAGCGUCUGCCACCUGCUCCGGUGGAGAUUGCUUGGUGUCGUGGGAAACCGCUUGCCGGCUCCGUUCUGAGGGUGGCUUGGGCUUGAUAGAUCUUGGGACGCAGAACACAUGUCUGCUGCUCAAGAAUGUCUAUCGACUGCUCACGGGCGAGGACAAUCCAUGGAUUGUGUGGAUCUGGCAAUGGUACUUGCGAGGAGACCCGCAUCCCGCGACACCUCUUUGGAGAAGCUUCGCGGAUCUCAUACCUCUCCUUAGGUCGAUCACCUCUGUGAGGGUAGGGGAUGGUAGCAUGACCUCCUUUUGGAUGGACAACUGGACCUCUGCGGGCCCACUCCAUACCGCGCUCCCCUCUGCGUUCUCCCACUGCCUGGAUGCGGAUGCGACGGUUGCCGCCGGUACGCGCAUGGGUGCCGCCGCCCUUGCCCGGCGCGAUCGCGUUUCUCCUGCCGCCGUGGCGGACUUCGCCUUGCUGGAAGACGCCCUCGCGCGCCAUCGUCCCACGCCUGUGCCGGACAGACGUGCGAUCGUUGGGGGCGCUCCCACGGGUUUCAAGACAAGCGAUGCGUACCGCCUCCUUCACAGCUCGGGCUGCGGCCCACCUCUCCACGACCUGAACUGGGACACUUUUGUGCCGGUCCGGGUCAAGGUCUUCAUCUGGAUCCUAAGGCAUCGUAGGACGCGAACCAGGGCACGCUUGCGCCGUCUGGGCAUCCUGCAGUCGUCGGAUUGCCCAUUCUGCCCCGGUGUUGCUUAA